AUGGGAAAAGCGUCAAACGCGAAGCAUAGGAACCACCGAGGCGGCGGCGAUAAGCCCGAGAAGGGUUACACCGGGGACCGUGACGAAGUGGAAUCAGCUGACGAGGGUUCUAGCGAUAGUGACUAUCUUUCGGAGUCGGAAGACGAAGGGACUGACGAUUACAAACGAGGUGGUUACCACCCUGUGAAGAUCGGCGAUUCGUUCAGGAAUGGUCGUUAUCGCGUGGUGAAGAAGCUCGGAUGGGGUCACUUCUCGACCGUCUGGCUCGCGUGGGAUGAAACGGAGAAGCGCUACGUGGCUCUCAAGGUGCAGAAGAGCGCGUCGCACUAUACCGAGUCAGCUCUUGACGAGGUUCAGCUCCUCAGACAGGUGGCGGACGGCGAUCCGCGGAACGACAAGUGCGUGGUGCGCCUACUGGACCACUUCCGCCACUCGGGCCCGCACGGCUCGCACGUGUGCAUGGUCUUCGAGUCUCUAGGGGAAAACCUCCUCUCGCUCAUCCGCCGCUUCCGCUACCGCGGGCUCCCCCUCCCCGUAGUCAGGCACCUCGCGCGCCACAUCCUCACAGGGCUAGACUAUCUGCACAGGCAGCUAUCGAUUAUCCAUACGGACUUAAAGCCCGAGAACGUGCUGCUGGUGCGGUCGAUAGAUGAUCAGCUGGGGAUUGGGGGGAGAAUGGACGGUCCGCCGCCUCCGCCUCCGCCUCCGGUUUCGGUUCCGCGUGGGGGGGAUGGCGCGGGAGCCGGGGGAGGGCGCGGGGGUGGUGCGGGGGGCGCGGCGGAAGGGGGGCCGUUGGCGUCACCAGCGUCGUCGGGACUGACGAAGAACCAGCGGAAGAAGAUGAAGAAGAAAGCCAAGAAGGCCGAAGCUGCUGCUGCUGCUGGCGGUGCUGGUAGUUGCGCUGCUGGGGCACAGGCCGGGGGAGGGGGAGAAGCGGGAGAGGCGGAAGCCGGGGCGGCGGAUAUGGGGGAGAGUGAGGGGGGGUCGCGGAUGGAGGAGAGCAGCGCGGGCAUGGGGGAAGGGCGCGCGGAGGGGAUGGUAGAGGACACGGCGGAUAGCAGAGCAGCAGGGGGAGCGGCGGUGGAGGGAGGGAGGGAGUCGUCCGCGUUAGAAGCUGGUCUGAAAGAGUUCCUAGGGCUCGAAGGUAACGGGAAGGAAAAAGGACCAGGUGAAGGGGUGGGGAUUGGGGCUGAAGCAGGACCAGCGAGUGGGGGCGAGGCAACAGCUGCAACAGCAACAGCAGCAGCGCCAGUAGCGCCAACACUGGGAGGGGGAGAGGGCGUACAAAAGGGGGUAUUUACGUCUUCGUCUUCCAUGGAGGAUUACCUCGGUCUGGCCGACCUAGCUGCGUCUGUUGUUGCCACUGGCACCGGCACGUGCAUCAGUCCUGCUGCUGCUGCUGCUGCUGCUGCUGGUGGUGCGGCAGGAGGUGAUGGAGGAGUGGAGGUGAAGAGUGCAGGGGAGAAAGCUUCGGCAGCAACAGCAGGAGCAACAGCUGCAGGGGCAGAGGCAGCAGCUGCACAAGCGGCAGCAGAGCUUGCAGGGAGGAAGAAACGGCCGGUGGACCUGACAGGGCUGGACUUGAGCUGCAAGAUUGUGGACCUUGGGAAUGCCUGCUGGACAUACAAGCAGUUCACGAGUGACAUUCAGACGCGCUGUUACCAGUGCCCUGAGGAAUGUUUUGAGGCGCCUCAAAACAUUCCAGCGCUCCAGUACCGCUGCCCCGAGGUGCUGCGGAUUGAGGGUUUGACAUUCCGCCCUUUUCGCUACUCCCCAUCACCCCAACCCCACCCUCCCGCCACCACCCAGUUCACGAGUGACAUUCAGACGCGCCAGUACCGCUGCCCCGAGGUGCUGCUGGGAGCGCGCUACUCCACCUCAGCGGACAUGUGGUCCUUUGCCUGCCUCAUCUUUGAGCUCGUCACUGGAGAUGUGCUCUUUGACCCACGCUCAGGCCACGACUUCGACCGCGACGAGCUUGUCACUGGGGACGUCCUCUUUGACCCGCGCUCAGGCCAUGACUUCGACCGCGAUGAGAUCGCCCUAGGAGGCAAGUACUCUAGGGAUUUUUUCUCGCGCAACGGCGAGCUGAGGCACAUAAGGCGCCUCAAGUUCUGGCCGCUAGACCGAGUGCUCACUGAGAAAUACGACCUCCCCCCAGCAGAAGCCACCUCCCUCGCCUCCUUCCUCACCCCCAUGCUUGACUUUGCCCCUGAGAGACGCGCCACUGCCCGCCAGGCCCUCGCCCACUCCUGGCUCGCCGAACCUGAGCCGGAGCGGCCGUUAGGUUCGGCUGGUGCAGGAGGUUCGGGUGCAGACGUAGGGUCGGGUGGGGCGGUGGGUCGAGGGGGUGGGGAGGUGGAGGAUAAGAGGAAAAGGGGGGAGAGUAGGGAGAAGAAGGGGGGUGGGGUGAGGGAAGGGAAGGAGAGUGGUGACAGGAGGGAGGGAGAGAAUGGGGCAUCUGCAGAUGGGAAGGGAAAGGUGAAUGGGAUAGAUGGCGGAGGGUUGAGAGAUAAGAGGGAACGGACUGGAGGAAAGGGAGGGGGUGGAGGAGUGAUGAAUGGGGAAGGUGACGGGAUGGAGUGCGAUUCUGGGGAUGGUGCAAUUGCUGGGCAAAGAGGUGGUAAAGCAGCUGCUAAAGCAGCUGUGACGUCGCCAUUAGUGGCUUCGAUGGCCGCUUCCGGCGGUUUGCCGUUUAACCCCUUCAACGGAGUCAACGGAGUCAACCCUCUCUCUGACGCGCUCCGCGCUCGGCCGCCGACGGCCCUCUCCUGCUCGCUCUCCCAAGGGCUGUCGCUCUCGCUGCUCUCGUCUCUCUCUGCCACGUGGCAGCACGGCAAGCACCGCCUUAGAGCCAGUGCAUCGGACGCAUCUCAGCCGUUGGAAGAACCAUCACAGAAGAAAGGCCAAUCUGGAUCGUUGCUGGAGAGGUUCCCCCUCAAGGCAGCGGUGACGGCGAGUGGGCUGGCGCUGACAGGUGAUACGAUAGCACAGCUGGUGGAGCGAUACCGACGCCGGCAGGCCAAAGAGAUUGAGAUAGAGGCGGCGUCGCCCUGCUGCAGGAAGAGACUGCGGGGAGUAGCGGACAAGGAGCUGUGGCAGCACGAUUUUAUCCGAGCUCUGCGCAUGGCCUCAUAUGGCUUCCUGCUCUACGGCCCCGGCAGCUACGUGUGGUACCAGUGCCUCGACCGCAUGCUGCCCGCUCCCACGCUGACCAACUUCGUGCUCAAGGUGACAGCGAAUCAGGUGGUGCUGGGGCCGUGUGUGCUGCUGGUGGUGUUUGCAUGGAACAUGGCAUGGAUGGGCAAGGCCAAAGACAUCCCUGACAAAUACCGCAGGGAUUUCUUCCCGUCUCUUGUUGAUGGUAAGCUAUAG